UCCAUACACAGUAUAGAAGAGAAUACUGAACUGCCAAUCAGGUUCCUGCUUUUAUUUUGAAAAAUAAGAACCGGCAUCUGAUUGGCUGUUAGUGACAGCGCCUCUUCCUCCUCCUCUUACUUCAUCGUUCAGGUACACUACAGGUAGGAUUCGUGUAAGUCCGGAAUGGUCGGUCUCCACAGCAAUAGAACAGGACUGCGCCACACAGAGGUUACCACGAGCUGUCACUGAGCACCCCCCCCAUAACCUGCGUGUGGUUCAGUCCUGGAGCCUCCUCUCACCUUGUGUGACGGAUGGAUGAGUAACCCUGUCACUGCCGGAGGCACAUCCAGCAGAACAGCUCUCUGUUGUUAGGAAAGUCUAAAGUCUCCACCCCCCUCUCCGGAGCAAACCAAUACAUUUCCAGAGGGUGGGGGAGGACGCACAGGCUUGCUUCUGAUUUGCUUGCAUUGACCUUAGUGACGCGACUACUUCCACCUCAGCUAGCUGUGACUGUGGAGGCGCCGGCUGGGUAACGGCCGCGUUGGACGUGUGGUCACGUGGUGCUUGUCAAGGGAGGCGGAGCCACCUCUUAUCGCGGAGAAGACCCCCGGCUUCACGGGGCGGCCUGAGCGUGGGGAGAUUGUGAAGUAUUGGACAUGCCGGGGAGGAUGCGAGCAGGCGCCCGGGAGAGACGAUGAAGCGGCUUGUGCCGAUAUGCGGCCUCCUCCUCGUCUCCUUGUUAUGGCUUCCAUCCCGCCAUGUGUUCUGCACUGAGGACCCGGUUCUUCCUGCAGAGCAAGUCGCGGAGAACAGCAAGAGCGCAAUAAGUGAAGAUGAGGCCCCAAAGAAAGAGGAGGAAAAGGAGCCGCCUAAGAUUUUAGAAACAGCAGAAUCUGUAUCAUCUGGUCAAGCGGCAGAAGAUGCCACAUUAGAUUGUGCUCAAGAUGAGAAGGGUAAAAAUACGGAGCAGGUACUUGAUGUACCCCUUGGUGACAUUGACACUAAUAAUGUGGAGAAAGCGGCUAUGGACCUGGCUACAAAUGUUGAGAACGUUUCCAGUUCCUCGACCUCAGAGACCCCUCCAGACCCACUGCCUGAUGCGAUAGAAGCGUCCAGUGUUCCUCUCCCUGUAGUCAGCUCUAGUGAAACUGAACAGUCAGAACCUGACUGUGAGAUUGGGGGGGCAGUAGAGGUUCCCCCUCAGAGCGAGCCAUCCUUUAUCAGUCCACCAAGUUUUGGCAGUGAACAUGUCGAAAACAUCUCGGUUUCAAACCAAAAACGGAAAGCGACUACCUCUGACGUGGAGGCCAAGGCAUCAAGUCUAGAAAAGGACGCAGAAACCCAAAAGUUAUCUCUUAAUUUUUCACAAGAGUUAGAUAAAGAGAUGAUCAGCAGCAAAGAAGUAACUGGAGAGCCGGUGGUUCCUGGGGACACCAAGGAUGACAUUCCAACCUUCGAUGAAUGGAAGAAGCAAGUCAUGGAAGUAGAGAAAGAAAAGAGCCAGUCCAUGCAUCCUUCAGUCAAUGGGGUGCAACAUACUGUAAAGGUCCAAAAGAAUAGGAACAAUUAUGCUUCUGUUGAAUGUGGGGCAAAGAUGCUUUCUGCAAAUCCCGAAGCCAAGAGCACAUCUGCCAUACUUGUUGAAAACAUGGAUCUGUACAUGUUAAAUCCUUGUAGCACAAAAAUAUGGUUUGUUAUCGAACUCUGCGAGCCGAUCCAAGUUAAGCAGCUUGACAUUGCGAACUAUGAGCUCUUCUCUUCUACUCCGAGGGACUUCCUGGUGUCCAUUAGUGACCGGUACCCUACAAAUAAGUGGGUGAAACUGGGAACUUUCCAUGCACGAGAUGAAAGAACAGUCCAGAGUUUUCCUUUAGAUGAACAGAUGUAUGCAAAAUACGUCAAGAUGUUCAUCAAGUACAUAAAGGUGGAACUUAUAUCACAUUUUGGAUCUGAACAUUUUUGCCCUUUAAGUCUCAUAAGGGUUUUUGGCACCAGCAUGGUAGAGGAAUAUGAAGAAGUUGACUCUCAGUAUCACUCAGAACGCCCAGAUAUUUAUGAUGAAGAUGAAGAUUACCCAAUGGAUUACAACACGAGAGAUGACAAAUCAUCAAAGAAUCUUCUCGGCUCUGCUACAAAUGCCAUUCUUAGCAUGGUGAAUAAUCUUGCAGCUAACAUGCUGGGGGCGAACCCUGAGGAAGAAAUCGCUGAAGGGAAAGUUUUGAAUGGGAGUAAGCCCCAAAAUGUUACCACAGAAACUCCAGCCACCAGUAUGACCGAGACACCCGAGCAAGUACCAACUCCUACCGCUACGUUGGAGGAAGAGAGUGUGGCCCCUUCGACUGUGUCUGUGCCUGAACUAGAGACACCCAAAGAAAGUCCCAUUGUUCAACUGGUUCAGGAGGAAGAGGAGGAACAGCCAAGCCCAUCAACAGUGACUCUCUUAGGCAGUGAUGAACAGGAAGAAGAAGAAAAGGUCUCCUGGUUUGAGUUUGAGACCCAGGUUUACUGUGGGGAACUGGACACCAUCUGCUGUAUGUCCAGCUUCUCAGAGUACAUCUAUAAGUGGUGUUCAGCUGUUGUGGCCAUUCACAGGCAACGGAGUAAAACAGCAGAGUACAAACGAAAGGAGGAAAAUGACUCUCAGUCCACUCAGCAGCCCUUAGCCACGCCGACUACCACGGAGCCCUCAGCCGAACCAUCUGAGAGCAGAGUCGCAGAGCAGGCCACAACUGAUUUCAUUCUGAUAAAUACUGGAGACAAUCUACAAGAAAGUUCUGCAAUUAAUACCAUAGAAUCCAUCCAUUUGGAGCCCAGUCACACCCAGACCAUUUCUCAGUCUGUGGCAGCACACGAAAGCAUGUCCUCAAAUGUGCCUCCUUCAGAGGUCAACAAAAUGGUGACAACUCCUACCCCUAGCUUAAUUUCUUCAGAUUCUGUACAGAAUCAAACGGCAGAGCUAAAAACGAGCGACUCUCUUAUUUACGCCGAGAAGCCAACUGUAAGCAUUGAGGACAGUACCUUAGAAGGUGUGGUGGAGAGCACCAAGGAGGAACAGGUUGACUAUGCCAAACUUAUUAAAGCUACAGAGACUCUGCAGAUUCAAGAGCCUAGCCCGUCUACUGUGGUGAGUGAAGUGGAAACUAAAGAAACCGUGAAGCCUGUAAUGACUCAGGUUGUCGAUGGCCUGACUGCGGUGGAGAAAAGGGAAGAAGAGCACAUUACUGAAGAUGCUUCCAUUAGUAGUAGCCUGCACAGAAGUACUACUGAUUUCUAUGCUGAACUGCAAAAUGCUACUGACCUGGGUUAUACCAAUGGAAAUCAAGUACAUGGUUCCAACCAAAAGGAGUCUGUCUUUAUGCGUCUCAAUAACCGUAUUAAAGCCCUUGAGGUUAAUAUGUCAUUAAGUGGUCGCUAUCUGGAAGAGCUUAGUCAGAGGUAUCGAAAACAAAUGGAAGAAAUGCAGAGAGCGUUUAACAAGACUAUAUUAAAACUUCAGAAUACUUCUCAAAUGGCAGAGGAGCAGGAUCAACGUCAAACUGAAUCCAUUCAGCUGCUUCAAUCUCAGCUUCUGAAUAUGACCCAACUAGUCUCCAACCUGUCUGCAACAGUCACCAAACUAAAGCGGGAGGUAUCUGAUCAGCAAAAUUACGUGGUCAUCUCUCUGAUCUUAUGCAUCGGUUUGGCAUUAUUUAUUUGCCUUCGCUGUAGAAACUCGUCUCCGUUCAAUGAUGACGACUUGUCAAAAAUCCCUAAGAGCAAUAAUUACCCAAGUCCCAAAAGAUGUUUUUCAUCCUAUGAUGAUAUGAAUCUCAAGCGAAGGACCACAUUUCCUCUUAUCCGCUCCCAAUCAUUUCACCUAUCGAGUAAAGAAGUGGAUCCAGAUGAUUUGUACAUUGUGGAGCCUUUGAAAUUCUCUCCAGAGAAAAAGAAAAAGCGUUGCAAGUUCAAAACGGAGAAAAUUGAGACAAUUAAACCAAUGGAUCCAUUAAAAGCACUCCCAAAUGGGGACAUAAAAACUAAGAAAGAAUUCACAAACCAGCGGGACUUUUCAAAUAUGGGAGAGGUGUACCACUCUUCCUACAAGGGGCCACCAUCCGAGGGCAGCUCAGAGACCUCUUCCCAGUCAGAGGAGUCCUACUUUUGUGGCAUCACAGCCUGUUCAGCCCUUUGUAAUGGACAACCCCAAAAGACAAAAACUGAAAAAAGAGCCAUUAAGCGCAGGCGCUCAAAACUUCUUCAGGACCAAGGAAAGUUCAUCAAAACGUUAAUACAGACUAAAUCCGGGUCCAUGCCUAGUCUGCAUGACAUCAUCAAAACCAAUAAAGACUUGACUGUCGGUACGUUUGGGGUUACAACGGUUUCCGGUCGUCUCUGAUCCUCACAGGGUAGCUGAUCUAUACAUUAUUUUUAUUUUAUUUUUUAUUUUAUUACCUGAAUCCAGUACGUAAAGGAAGCUCCAGCUGACCAUUCAAGGGUUACGUGCACAACAUGAGUUGGGCUGGUCUUUGAGAACUUGGAUUGUCUCCUCUACCUGGACUUGUUUGAGCGGGGAAUUGAGUCGACUCUACUCUUUCUUUAAAUGAUUCAAUAGGAUUAGAUUUUUCGCAGUUUUAUUACUGGGGGAAAAAAAAACAUUACUACCCAAAUUGUUGGGUUUAACUUGAGCUCAAGUUGUCGUGUCCUACCCCCGAUGUCGUUCCCAUACUUGCACCUUUCCAUAUUUAUGUGCCUUCUGUCUAUUUAUAAUGCCACUGGAGGGAAAAGCACCAAGUGUGAAUGCGUGACUUUAGGUUUUUAGAGAACACGUUUUAAGCUCUUUUUUUUUUUUUUUAUAUUUAUUCCUUUUUGCCGCUUCUCUGAGUUCAACACUAAAGAGUGCCAGGCAUCCUGCAGCUAGACCGUUCCAUGAGGGACCGUCUGUGACCCAGUGAACCAAAAACCUGAUUAUAGAAGAAUAGGGUUUGGAACAGCCCUUAGCUGCUAUGGGUGCCACCAAAUUAAAUCUGCUUAUGAUUGGGUUAUAGCCCAUGUUGUACUUUUGACCAGUGUUAAGGGUAAAGGUUGUGCCAUGCGUUCAGCUGUGAUUCAGUUUUGGAGGAAAAAACUUGCGUAAAAUGAGGGGGUUGUCUGAGAGUGGCCAAAAUCUAGACCAGUAAAUGCCGCUUCGGUCCUCCCCAGGCUUAUUUACUUGGCUGCAGCAAAGACGUCAUGGUCCCAACACAUGGCUGCUGCAGGCAGUCAAUGACCUCACCGAUGUACGGGGGAUUUACUGGGUAAGGAAGGGGUCUUUUUAUAUCCAGCCUUCCCGGCUAGAUUUUGAUCAAUCGUGGGGUUAAUCCCAUUAAAUAUCAGCAGGGGAACACAAACUACUGACCACGUUUCGCUUUCUUCUAAUCUGGUAAUUAGUCCUACUUAGAAAAGAUUAGAGAAAAAGGUCAAUUUUUCAAGCAACAGAGACACUUUUGUCCUAAGAUGUUAUUUGGUGUCACAGCUCAGUACUGUUCACUUUUUUCUAAUCUAACGCAACUGCUUUGAUGGAUGCUAGAUCACACUGCAGGCUCUGCUUUAUGGAGACUUAAAGGACUUGACUGGCCGAUUGAAAUUAAAGGGGUUACCUGACCAUUUGUAACUGGUAACCUAUCCUCUGAAUAGGUCAUCAGCAUGUGGGGGGUGUCUGACACCCGGGACCCUCUGACGAUCAGAUGCUGAUAACCUAAUCAGAGGAUAGGUCACUAUUCAGUCAGAAAUAGUCAGGCAAGAGAGAAAAAAAAAGCACCAAACCUUGUAAGAUAAUAAAGAGUCAUACUCACCUUACCGAUCCCUUGCUGCUCCCAUUCCUGGUCACCUCUAUGGCCAGUUAUUUGCUGAGAGGUCAUUUCCUGUGUUUUCUAGAAGGGACCUGGAAGGAGAGACGAGCGUGGGCCCAGGAAGAAGGGGCAAGGUGUUAUGUAUUUUAUCAUUUUAAAUUUACAGAGUUAUGUGCUUUUUUUUUUUUUUUUUGUUUGUUUUACGUAUUCAGAGCAUAGGCCUUGAGCCUGAGCAUUUCCCAUUACUUAAAGUGAACCUGUCAUCAACUUUGUUACCCAUACUAAAAGCAGCAU